GCCAACGGCAGCAAGACGAGCCUCUUCCGGAGCCACUUCAUCAGGCGGCCCAACGCCGCUACGUCGGCCGAUCCCGAGGGCGUCGUGCGCCAGGACGGCGAGACGACGCAGCAGCAGCAGCAGUCCGAGGCAGCGGCGGAGCUGGUGGUGCGCGAUCAGCACGGCGAGGUUGAGAUUGGGAACCCUCCGACGCCGGUGGUGGACGACGAGGAGGAGUUGCAGGCGUUGGAGUAUCAGCAGGAGAACGAGAGAGAAAAGCAGCGCUUGGCAGAGGCCAUUCGCCAUUACCAAAUCAGCCACAGCUCCAUGGCCGAUCAACCAGACGGUGAG